AUGGCGGAACCUGGGAUCACCCUAGAGCACCGCGGUAAACAUUCAUGUCUUGCCAAAUGGACAGUCCCUUACAACCCAGAACUUCAGCCCGAGAAAAUGAUUUGCAGUCCUUGGUUUGAAAUGGGUGACUUUGAAUUCCGCUCCGUGAUAGUCCCAGGAAGCGAUGCCCUUGCCCUUGCCCUUGCCCUAGGCCCUGACGCUUUCUUUUCACUUCAAGUUAGAAUCAACUCUCCAAGUUACUCUUUCAGAUUCGGUCCCUUGGCGUCUUAUAAACUAAGCAUUUUGAACCAUGAAGAUGAGUCAAAGUCUUUGACCAAAGCGUUUAAGUUUACUUUGUUUACCAGGAAUACAAAUAUUCCUACCGGCGGUAGCUUACAACUUGCUAGUUCUGUUUUUGGUCCAAGAUCAGGGUUUUUCAAGAACGGUUCUUUGCAUUGUUCUAUUGAAAUUUCCAUUUUGGAUGAGUCAUUUUCAUUUUCAUUUUCAAGGGACGGUAACAAUGACACUGAGAUGGUCGACUAUUCAGCGCAUUCUUUAAGUUGUGACACUAUUGUUUUGGCCGGGAAAUUUAAAUGGAAGAUUAAAAAUUUUAGUUUCUUUAAGGAAAUGAUCGAGACCCGCCAGCAGAUGAGUAGCGCUGUUUUUCUUCUUGGGCGAGGUUUUGCUCAUAUUAGUGCCUCUACAACCAAGGUUAAUGGAGUUGAGUGUCUGUCUUUGUUUUUGGAAGCUAAUGAGAUGCACACAUGUCCUAAAUGCAUGGGUCAUAAUAAGCCUUCUUGGUGCUUGUUUCGUAUAUCUGUUUUGAGUCAAAAGGCAUGGCGGAGUCAUAUGCAUAAGGACUCGUAUGGGAGAUUAAAUAAAACAACUCCAGCUCUAGGUUGGACUGAUUAUAUGAAGAUAUCCGAUUUGAUUGGACCCAAUAAUGGAUUUGUUAUGAACAAUACGGUGGAGUUCACGGUAUCUUUCAAAGCAAUCAAAGAUUCUGCUGCUGUCCUUACAUCUGGCUUUAAAAAAUUUGGUGCCUUCAACAAAAGUGGCAGUUGUACCUGGAAGAUUGAAAAUUUUACAAGGUUGAAGGAUAUUCUGAAGAAUGAAAAGAUGAUAGGAGUGUCUGUUGAGAGCAGUAAGUUUCAGGUUGAGGAUCACGAAUUUCGCUUGAUUGUUUUUCCCAGAGGGCAAUAUCAAAAACCGAUCUACCUUUCGAUGAUUAUUGAAGCUUCGGGUCCUCAAGAUGCCACCCAGGAUUGGAGUUGUUUUGCCCGUUGUCGGCUAUCCGUUGUGAAUAAGAAGAAUAAAGACAAUUCUAUUUUUACGGAAACACAGGGGCGUUUCUCAGAAGCUGCAAAAAGAUGGGGGUGGCCUGAAUUUUUGACUCUUGCAACUCUCUUUAAUAAGGGUUCAGGGUAUUUGGUUGAGGAUACUGUUAUGUUUAAUGCAGAUAUUCUUAUAUUGAAGGAGAGUUUAGAAAUUCAGGAUGUCCUAGAGUCGAGCAAUAAAGAUGGAGAAAAGGGAAGGUGCACAAUCACUUGGGAAAUGAAAAAUUUCGUAGCCUUCCAGCAAACAUCAUCGAUGAUUAACGAUAUAUGCAGCAAAUAUUUCCAGGUUGAUAAACUAAAGCUCCGAAUAGGGGUAUGUGUAUUAUCUGACAACCUAUGUGCAUACCUGGAGUGUGAUCCAUCAGAUUUGGUUGAGAAUCUUUAUGUUAGAUACAAGAUGACUGUGGUUAAUAAAAAGCACCCUGCCAAAAGUAUCUCCAAGGGGUCCUGUCUACGUACAGACACUAGUGAUAGUCAUGGGCGACUGCUGUUCAUGGAACUAUCUGAUAUGCUGAAAUCCAGUGCUGGGUUUGUUACCGGUGAGAUGGCUACUUUUGUUUGCGAGAUCCUUGAUUACUGUCCGUUGUUGGAUCUUUCAAAAGUAAGGGUUAACAAGCUUUUGAUUUGA